AGACAGGGAAGCAGGGCCAAUCAGGACUCUAGGCUGCUCGCUCGUAUUCGAUGCGUCACUGUAUCGAUCGAUAAUACUCUGCUCUCUAAUAGGCGGAUCACGCGUUAUAACAAUUGGCGAUGGGGAUGUAAAUUUUACCGUGUAUCUUCCAAUUUUGUCUACUUUAACUCAUUUUAUGUUGCUUCAUAGCCUUAAGAAACCACCAUUUUCUUAGUUAUGACAAAUGAUCAAGGGAGUCGCACUUAAUCAGUCUGAUCCUAGUGGUUUAUUUUGACUUGGCUACUAAUCAAGAAAAGCGGUUGUCUACUUACAACCACAUGACCUGUACAAUAAAUACAAGAACUGUGAUUGCAUACAAUUCCUUAUCUGUAAUUUCAUCAUCGUAUCAGAUCAUCCUUCGCUUGAAUUAUUCUCUAUAGGAUUUCUUUCUGUCCCAGUUUGGGAAGUGAUCAUAUGAAAAUAAUGAAACAGUUCAACAGAGCCCGACCUUUGAGGACUUAUCAAGAUGUGUUUAACAAUGAAAACAAAGAUGAAACUUGUCUCUAUCCAAUAACGUGAUCAGUUUCAAAGUAUCCAAGAUGCAUUUAUGAAUGAAAAUUACAAUGAAUUCGAUGAAAAUGAAGAGAAUAAACUUUGCUAUACAGAAAUUCAUGAAAAAUAUAUUAAUACAGUUGAACGAGUAUUAGAAGAGCAAUUAUGUCAAAGAAUACCACAUUUCUCAAUGCGUUCAUUUAUAGACAGCUUAGUUUCCAAUAGUUGUUGUUUAGAUGGUGAAGUAUUUGAAAUGUUGUAUACAUUUACUGAUUUUCUUGCCUUCAAAGAAAUGAUGAUUGAUUACAAGAAGGCUAAAACUGGACAAACGGUUCAUUUGGAAUUAAUCAAUUCCUAUCAUAGUUAUAAUCAUUCAUCGAUCAUAAUGAAUGAUACAAUGGAUCAUCAAUUACAACAUAGAUCAAAUAGUACAAUUAUAAACUCUUGUUCAUCAAUGACAAAAUAUACAAAUGGAGAGAAUCAAGCAGAUCAUUAAAAUUUUAUGAAUAUACCUAACUUUAAAAUGAAUUACAUCAUAAUAUCUUAAAUGUAUUAAUCAAACUAAUUGCAUUUGUUGUUGUAAAGAAAAGUGAUUUGUUUUGAUAAAUUCAUUUCCCUUUGAGUU